GCGAUUACACAAAAGUGAAUUAAAACAGAACUCUAAACACAACGGGUUUUUGUUGUGUAUUUUAGACAAAAGCAUUGUAUGCAUUUAAGUAAUUUGAAUAAUAUAUCUCAGAAUGCGUAAAUUAAAGUAUUAUAAUGAUUUUUAAUAUCUGGAUAGUGGUGUGUAGAUUACGUUCAAUCCAAAACAUAAUUUCGGGUCUGUGCAAGUGUGUGUCGAAAUUGACGAGAAUCUAAAUCGCCAACACCUUUUAUUUAAAACUAAGUGUUUCAACUGCUUUCCCAGCCAUGGCGACCAGUGACGAUGAACCAAUGCACUUGUAUGAGGUGUUUCAGAACUGUUUCAAUAAAAUCGCUAAUAAGCAGACCACAGGGACAGCUGGAUCUGAACGUGCCGGUGGUGGAUAUCAUUCGCCUUAUGUUGGACUUGGUGUAGAAAACAGCAUGUAUCCAAACGAAUUUAAUUCACUCCAUGAAGGAAACAAUGGAAGCUCUAAUAACCGAUUUGGUCAUACAACGACUGUGGAUCAGUACUUUGACUCUGGAGCUGCAACAACGAGUGCCGGAUGGUACCAAUCUCAAAUAAAUAGUAGUAACAGUUAUAUGGGACACGGAAACUAUCAAACCAACACGCCUCUAGCUGGUCAUACAUUAGAUCAAGUCCAUAAUACCGAUGGCAUAACACCUAGUGCGAACCUUGGAAUGAACAUAGGUAGCGGUGAAAGUAGCCAUGCCAUGCACAGUCCGGUGUCUACAUCCUUACCACCAAUGAGUUCGUUUCGACCAGGUGGAGGUGCCAGUUUACCAAGUUUGGGUGGGCCAACGACAGCAGUAGUGCAUUCUCCGUCUGUGUAUAACUCACCACAAACGCACAAUCAAAACACAGCACAAGCUCAUCAUACUUCACUAACGGCGACUGGACCGCAUACACAUGUAGUACAUGGUCACCAUUCGAACAAUCACACCCCACACUCACAUUCACAUGCACAUUCCCAUUCCCACCACAGUCAGCUGAGUCCUGCAGUGCAGAAUGCAGAUGCCUUUGGCGCGAGCGUAAAAUCGGGUAUAGUUGGUAACUCUUCGACCACAUCACUGCGUCAACAGAUGUACAUGUCAGCUGCAGUGGCAGAUCAAAGCAUCAGUAGCUUUAGUUCAAACCCAUCUACACCUGUAAAUUCGCCACCGCCGCUAACACAAUCUGGUGUAGGAGAUGCUUCGAAUGUUUCUGGAUCCACAGGAUGGGGUCACCCUGUGUUAAACGGACCUGCUAGUUCAAGUUACUCAAGUGAUAUAGUGCCUGUGUCCGGUUUGCAUCCAAUGGCUUCGGUGUUUCAAGGUGUGAGAAUGGAAGAACGUCUAGAUGAUGCACUUAACGUUCUUCGCAAUCAUUGUGAACCUGAAAUGUUAGCAAACGUAGUGAAUCCAUCGCUGACGUCAAUAGAUAAUAUUGAUACAUUACCCCCUUUUGUGCCCCAUUCGCCUUCCCAUCUCAUAAGUGGUAGCUCGGCUGGUAGUGGUGGUAUACCAAAUACACCUAGUGCACAUGCGCAUGAAGUACUAUCUCUUGGCACAACAGGUUCUGCUACGGUUCAAACAGUCGGCUCUGGUGCCGGUACUGGUUUAACAAAUAUCAAAUUAGAACGUAGCUCAUCGACAUGCGGACCAUCAAAACAAUCGAAAAAACGUAAGGAACACACUUCUACUUCUAUUAAUGCGAAUACGACAGUAGUAGGAGUAUCCACUACAUCCAAUUUAACCAGUUUAGAUAUUUCCGACACAAAACCAACAAGUUCGAUUGAAUCGUCACAACAACAACAUUUACAACAAUUGUCACAGGGAGCAAAAGGGUCCAAACGACCACGACGUUAUUGCUCUUCGGCGGAGGAUGACGAUGAUGCCGAACCAGCUGUCAAAGCGAUCCGUGAGAAGGAGCGUCGACAGGCCAAUAACGCCCGUGAACGAAUUCGUAUUCGUGACAUAAAUGAAGCGUUAAAAGAAUUGGGUCGAAUGUGUAUGACGCAUUUAAAAUCGGAUAAACCCCAAACCAAGCUAGGUAUCCUGAAUAUGGCUGUCGAAGUAAUUAUGACACUAGAACAGCAAGUAAGGGAACGCAAUUUGAAUCCAAAAGCUGCAUGCUUGAAGCGUCGGGAGGAAGAAAAAGCAGAAGAUGGCUCGAAACUAAGCAGCCAACAUCAUAUGAUACCCCAAUCCCAAGUCGGGAGUACUUAUCAUAACCAGCCUUCGCAAAUUGUGCCACCUCCAACACAAACCAUUAAUAGCAUGACCAUAUCCUCACCUGCCAAUCAGGCUACCAGCGUCUUACCAUCACAUUUACAGCAGCAACAGGGGCAGCUUGGACUUGCUCAGAUUCCACAAUAGCAUGCAACUUCUACUAAAAGCGUCUUAAAAUCGACACGCUCUUCCAUUAUCACUCAAUUUUUACAAGAGUCAACCAAGUACUCUUCUAAAAAGCUCUUAAGCAGUUUAUUUAUAUGUCGUCGUCCACACCAAAUCCACGAACGUCAGCUUCAUACAUAAAAUAUCUACAGUUGCCCCAUUGUUACUAACGAAAUGUGGGUCGUUCAUUAUAAAGCUGUGUGUUAAUUUUCAUAUUGCAGAGAAUUGUUUUUGAUUAAAACGAAUGUACAUAGCUGUUUUAACAUAAUUUAAAGAGAAAAUGUCUUGCAAAACUUUUCAAAGUUUACUUUAUAAUUUGGGUUUGAUAAAUAAAUACAAAAUGUCGUGCGAUUUCAAAGUAGCCAUAUUUUUAUAAAAAAAAAUAUAUAUACAUACAUUACUCUAUAUUUAAUUAUAAGUAGUUUUAUUUAAAAAAUAAAUCUUUUUUAAAAACAUAGAGUUAUGUUGUAUUUCCAUAUUUUACAUAAAAUAUGCAUUAUGUUCAUGUUUAAUUUUUUUAGAUUGUCCUACAUGUUCUAAUUAAUUGAAAUCAUACAACCGUCGUACAUAUAAAAAAACAGUACUUGCAUAAAUUUAUAAAUAAGAAAAAUUCGUUAAAAUUAUAUGCUAAUUGUUGUAGCCUAUCAUGCACCAUAAGGUUUUAAUAUGGUUAUAAUUCAAUAUUCAAAAGAAUUGUUGUGUUAUUGCCUUCAGUAUCCAUUUUGGUGAAAAAAGUAAAAUAAUUGAUGUUAUAUUUACAUAUAACAAAUUAACUGGCUGUAUGUGGUUUAGCAACAAAACUGACGGUCUUUUGCGGAAUUUCCCAAACAUACUUGUACUUCAACAUUCAUCGCGGCUUGGUAACAAUUCACACAUAAGUAAUAACGUUUGUAUAUCUUGUUAAUAAUAAAGCAUUUUAAUUUUCAAAAA